CGGCCUGGGACACACAGCAGGCCCAGCAUUGUGCCAGAGACCACUCCAGCUGCCUGCCCCUGUGGAACUGCUCUGCGAGCUCGUUAUUGUUAGCGUGCAUGAACUACACGAACAGUGCCUGGAGAACCCCAGAGAGCACCAGAGGAAGGAGAGGCUGAAGCGAGGCUGGCGGCAAAGCGAGCAGCGCGGGCAGAGGCACGGGAGAUCCGGAUGAAGGAACUCGAGCGGCAGCAGAAAGAGGCUUCGGAUGAAGAUGAGCGCAUGUCAGUGGGUAGCCGUGGAAGCCUGAGGGCUGGAUUAGAAAAUGAGAGGACCAAAUGGAAGAACUACUCCAAAGCAACCAAUGGUUACGAGGAAGACAUGUAUGGAUCGUCCCAGAGUAGAAAAUCUAGCAGGGCUUCAUACUACCCUGAUCUGGGUCUUCACAACAGUGGCUAUGCUUCCACGUCUCAGCCUUCUUCCCAAAAUGGAAACUGGCCCUCCUUGCUGUACAGCGAUGCCCUGCCAGCCAGAAGUUACAGGGCGUCUGUGUAUGACGAGAGUGUUUACAGCGGGAGUCGUCGCUAUAGUGCCUCUAGUUCUCGUGCUCCUUCAGAGUACAGCUGUUACCUUGGUUCGGGAUCUCGGGCGUCCUCAAGAGCCAGCUCUGCUCGGGCCAGUCCAGUGAUUGAGGAGCGGCCAGAAAAAGAUUUUGAGAAGGGAGCACGUACUGUCUCAAGUCUAUCAGCAGCUACCUUAGCUUCCUUGGGUGGGACUUCUUCACGAAGAGGCAGCGGGGAUACGUCCAUCUCAGCAGAUACAGAGGCAUCUAUUAGAGAAAUAAAGGAUAUCUAUGAGUUAAAGGAGCAGAUUCAAGAUGUAGAAGGCAAAUACAUGCAGGGACUGAAAGAAAUGAAGGACUCUCUAGCUGAAGUCGAAGAGAAAUACAAAAAGGCUAUGGUGUCAAAUGCUCAACUAGACAACGAGAAAACAAAUUUCAUGUACCAAGUAGAUACCCUGAAGGAUGCACUCUUAGAGUUAGAGGAACAGCUCGCGGAAUCCAGGAGGCAGUAUGAAGAGAAGAGUAAAGAAUUUGAGAGAGAGAAGCACGCUCAUAGCAUAUUGCAGUUUCAGUUUAAGGAAAUCAAAGAGGCUUUGAAGCAAAGAGAAGAAAUGCUUGCAAAACAUGGAAUAAUCCCAGACUCUGAGGUAGCCACCAAUGGGGAGGCAUCAGACGUUCUUGAUAAUGAAGGGCACUUGGAUUCUUCCAAAACAGUUCAAGGCACAACGCAGGCAUUAAAGACAGCAGGGGACGGGAUGCUAGGCAAAGCCAAGGAAGUGGACAUGAAAAAUGAGAUUUUGGAGGAUGUGGGGAAAAGAGAAAUCUUGCAGAAUUCUGAGCGUGAGGAACACAAAGAGGAGUCUGAGGAACAGGAAGUACAGACAUUGCAUGCUGAUGAAAAUACAAAGGCAGAAAAAAUGAUUGAAGAAACUGAUGCUCUGUCAACAGUGGCGUUACCAGAUAGUAGGUUCACAGAACAAAUUCAAAGCCUUACAGAACCCGUGUCAGGGAAUGCUUCUUCAAAUGAUGAUAGUGAUGCAGGUGAUUUGAGAAAGGAGACGCAGUCAGCAGACGCAGCAGCCCAGCAGCCUGUUAGCGAGGAGGUUGAACACAGUAACUUAAACCCAAGGACGACGGAGAACUCAGAAAUGGGCUCACUGCAAGGUCAGGAUUUUGAGAGUCCUCAGGAAGCGCACAGUGACUUAGGUGUAGAGCAUGAACUGGAAAAAGCUGCUCCACAGCAGGAAGAAGGAGAGGAUGUGGAAGCUAGCCAUGCCCUGAGUGCUAAUGAGGUGGAGCAAGCAGCAGGCAGUGCAGGUGACAGCGGUGAGACGGUAUCUGGCCGGUCAGGGCUACCAGAGCCUGUGCUAGCAGGCUCGCGUAGUGAAGAGGUAAAGGUGGAGGGCCGUGCUGAAACACUCCAGAGCUCGGAAGAAAGUGCUGAAAACAAAGUGGCAGAGGUCUUGGAGAAAGCUCUUGUUGAAAGCAAAGACUGCGCUGAUGGAACAGCUGAUGAAACUGGAGGUGGUAGAGCUAGAGAACAAAAUGAGGUUGGGAGUGCAGUUCAGGGUCAGAAAAUGAAAAGAGAUUCCACAGGCUUAGAAGGGGAGGAGUCGUGUGAAAGUGGUGCCCCAUCAGAUAUAAAUGAAGAGGGAGGAGAUCAGGCACACAUCCAGCCAGUUUCCUCAGAGGAUGGUGAGUUAGCAUUAUCAGAGGAGCAGAAUACACAGGAGCAAACAGAACUUAAACCUGCUGAGAAAGAUGGACAGGAGGCAUGUUCAGAUUCUGCAGAAAAGCAGGAGAAGGCAUCCGGGGAGCCUGUGGGCUCUGCUAACAAGGUAGAAGGAAGUGCACUGCAUCAGACAGAGCCAGACACGGGCACUGUGAAAGAAAUGGCAUCUCAGGAAACAAGUUUAGACCCAGGCUUUUCAGAUGAUGGAAUCGAGGAAACAGAAAUGCAAACAGGAGACGUGUCUGGGAAUGGAGAGGAAAACAAAAUAGAAUGCUUAGAGCGUAAUAGAACAGAAGACUUAAAGCCAGAGGCAGAGCUUCAAACAGUUCAGUGCGGUAAAGAAACAACAGGUGAUACAGAGGAUGGGAAAAAUAGUUCUUUAGAAAGUGAAGCACAGAAUGUAGUCCAACAUGAGGAAGGUGAAUCUAAAGAGGAGUCCAUUGUAUGUCAUAGUGUAACUAGUGAGAACCAGGUAGAUAAAGAAGCAUUUAAAGAAAAUAAAAAACAUUCAGAGCUUGCAGACCACCAGGAUGAUGAACUUACUUCUAUGGAAGAUGCAGGUAAUUCUCUUGCACAGAAAGCUGAGCUGGAUGAAAACGUUAGUGAGCAACUUAGACUAGAGGGCCAAGCAGAGGAAGAACAAGAAGAUGAUGGUGAAGCAUUUGAUUUUGAUGAGGAUUCAGAACAGACACUGGAAACUGAUGAAAAAUGCGAUGGAGAAGAAGUUGAUGCACAGAGUGAAGAGGAUGACAGAACAAACAGCGUGAUGAGAAAAACUGCCCAAACAGGCGAAGCUGGAGAGAGAACUGGCAAAAUAGAAACCAUGGACACCUUGACUGAAGGUGACAGCUUACAGCAUAAGAAAGGAAAUGAGUCUGAAGAAACAGGGCGCUUGCAAGAGGAAGCAUCAGCCCUGAAAACUGACGAGAAGGCUGAUGUGUUGGCAGGUGAAAACAAAGCAUCAGAUUCUAAUGAAGCAGAAAAGGCACCAAGUGAAAAUGUUCCAGAGCAGGAUUUGGAAACUGCUGGCUGUAACAGGGCUGAAAGCAAAGAGGAUUUGCGAGGUGGUAGGAAGGGCAAGGGUAAAUCUAAAGAUGACUGUACGAUGUCCUGAGUUCUGAAUUUCAGUCCAUACAAGUUAGAAGCCAUUUGAUCAGGCUCUGUACCGAAGCACGCGCUUUGCACGAUAAAUCAGCCCUUAGGAAUAUAGGAAUACUCUUAAGGAGUUCAUUUUUUCCUUGCAGGUAGAUCUCAUAAUACACUGUUUGGUCAUGUAAACGGUGAUAAUGCAAAUAUUAGAUGAUUCACUGACGUACCUAGCCACAAAAAAUCAUCCAGAGGUUUGGUUUUGCUGUGUCUCAGGUUAAAUGUGUGUCACCAAACAAAGCAAGCUUCACAAAGGAACUGAUCAGGCUUUUGCACUUAAAGUACUUCUGGUGUUGAUAACUGCUGCUGAGGAGCUUUUAUAUGAAAUUCCUACUUUCUAGCCUGGAAUAAAAGUAGAUUAUCUGAACGUGCUUGUAUGUGCAAUAGGACUACAGUAAGAAUGUUGAUGCUUUGUCAUGAAGGAGCUCGGAAGAUCAGCAACACUUAGAUGUAAUGCUAACGUUUGUCGCUGAGCGGUUAAAGCCUAGGAGCCCUUUUCCAUAGCAAAAGAAGAAGAAGAAAAAAAGAUGCCCUCAUUCCACUUUUUGUAUGUAUGUUUCUAAAAGGACAUAUUCCAAACUAUUGGUAGAUCACUGUGAAUUAAGGCUCAACUUUGGAGGAACGAUACAGGAUUUGAAGGAAAUGCAACAUGUAGGUUGCUGAAGGGAGCAAACACGUAUGUGUUUACUUCAUCUGGGCACUUUGCACCACAACAGGCCUUUUGCACCAUGUCUCACGUGGGUUUUGUAUUUUUUUCCUAAGAAAGUGUCAGUACACACUGUAACGUGCUUAGGUUUGCUAUCCAAUACUGUACCUAUGAAUAUAUAAAUAUAUUUUUAAAACAACUGUUUAAUAUUGCAUUCCUUAUAUAUAUAUAUAUUUUUUUUGCAAAAAAUAUUAUGAAAGAAUGGUUUUCUUUGAAAAAUUCUUUCUUCCUCUUUUUCUGGAGAGACGGUAACUCAGGAUGUCUUAAUCCUCAUGGAUGUCAGACCAAAGGCUGUUUUUCCACAUAUGAGCCCCCGUGCCUUUUUUUGGAAAGAUGGAUUACCUUGUAUUACUGGCAUCAAUGAGACACUUCAACCCAUUGAUGUAUUUCCUCUUGCAUUUUUACAGUGCUUGGCAGGAAGAUGAUGUUUUGCAUAGUUAAUAAUUAGCUGGAGGUUGUAUUAAGCGAUGAACAUGCAAAGGGAAUGCAAGUUGAGGAGCUGGGGGGCUACAGAAGGUUCUAUCUGUUGAUGUUACAAAGUUGACAGAGUUCAAAUAGACUGCAAAAUUACAAGAUGUAUAUCAAAGUGUACUGAGCUGUAUAUAAUUAAAAUAAACAUAUUUUAUACUUCAAA